AUGGGCUUCACGAAUUUGAUAAACAUGUGCUCGCACCUCCAAAACGCCUCGCGCGCCCGCCUCGGCAUGACCUCCAUAGUCAACACGAAGCACAACCUCAACCUCGCCAUGGCCCUGCACCGCGCGGGCUUCAUCUCCUCCGUCUACCGCGGCGGCCCGUCGCCGCCGAAUCCUGAGCAGAUGUCGGAGCCGCCGGUACCCAUCACCACCGCCAACGCGGCCACCCGCCGCCUGUGGCUCGGACUGAAGUACUGGAACAACGAGCCCGUCCUGAACGGCUUGAGAACAGUCACCAAGCCUAAGCGGCCCAUCAACAUCAAAAUCGAGGACUUGGAACAGGUUGUGAGAGGGUUCACCAGCAAAAACGGCCUGAUCAAGGGGCUCGUGAUGGGAGAGUGUAUGUUCAUCUCUACGGACAAGGGCGUAUUGGAGGCGAGAGAGGCGCUGGCCAGGAAAGUGGGCGGUAUGGUGCUGUGCCGAGCGAAGUAA